GCGGGCUCCGAUGGGCGGCAGCGGGGCGGCGGCAGCAGCAGCACCGGGAGCAGCGCAGCGGCGGAGCGGCCGCGGCUGAGCAGCGCCCCGCGCCAUGCGGAGCGCGCCGCUGGCCGAGGGCGAGCCCUGGCCGCGCCUCUGCCCCGCCGAGCUCGGGGGGCUGCGGCGGCUGCGGCGCAAGCACGGCGGCUGCAAAAGUUUCCGCGUGGAGCUCAAAGUGCUGAGCGGGAGGCGGACGGCGCUCCGCGCACCCCCCGCGCCGCCCCCCGCCGCCGCCGCCCCGCAGCCCGCCUGGGAGCCGCGCAGCGCCGCGCUCGGCCCCGCCGCCGCCAACAGCAGCGCCUUCCCCGCCGCCCCGCCGCCGCCGCCCGCCGCUUCCCCGCGCCCGCGGCCGGGCGAGGCGUCCGGCGUCUCGCCGGAGAUCAAAGCGCUGCAGCAGACGCGGCGGCUGCUGGCCAACGCCCGGGAGAGGACCCGCGUCCACACCAUCAGCGCCGCCUUCGAGGCGCUGCGGAAGCAGGUUCCCUGCUAUUCUUAUGGUCAAAAGUUGUCCAAACUGGCCAUCUUGAGAAUAGCCUGUAACUAUAUCCUUUCCCUGGCCAGACUAGCAGACCUGGAUUACAGCGCUGACCACAGUAACAUGAGCUUCUCUGAAUGCGUGGAGCAGUGCACUAGGACCUUACAAGCAGAAGGAAGAUCUAAAAAAAGGAAGGAGUAAUAACCAGGAAAGGAGGAUUCAGACGAGCUUCCAGCCAGAGUUACAUCUGGUCUUGGCAGAGGUUGCACGAUCCAGAUGAAGACUGCAAGCAGCUUUUUUGCAGAAACCCCUUUUGGAGAUGAUGAUUGGCCAAGGAACUCUCUUAAUCUCUGGAACAGAAAGGAAAAAAGGAAAAGAAAAGAAAAAACAAAGGACAGGGAUGCUUCUUAUUGUUGUUAAGCCAGCCACCUUUUAGUAUGUGCAAUUUAUUUAGCACUUUUCCCUUUGCUUAACUGGGAAAUGUUACCCUCUCAGCUCAUGUGUACAGUAAUUUUUUAUUGUUGUUGUUGUUGCUGCUGUUGUGCCAAAGAUUUGAUGGAGCUUCUGCACUGUGUCUGAUUUUUGCCUUAAUGUUAAAUCUUUGAGCCAAAGAAAAGUCAGAGGUGCCAUUCAGAUCACGGCGAGCAGGCCAGCCAGCUGUCGGUGACAAAGCCCAAUUUCUGAACCCUUCUAUGAGUUGCCUCUUAUUUCUUCUGCCUGCACGUCCCUGCCUGCAGCCCUGGAGCCAGUGUUUGGUGUGGGCAAGAGCUGGGACAACACCAAACCAUGCUUCGGCGUUCAGGUUUGCUUCUUCCUUUGAGCUACUCUGUAGUUCUGCCUUUUGGGCAAUUUCCUGAUGUUCCUGCCUGUGCGACACAUCCACAGGGUAGAAACACUGACACGAAGUGAGAGCUGAAACAGGAGCUAUGAAUUUAUUUUUUUUAAUAAAGGAAUAAAGUUAUAAACAAGCAAAAGCAAAGUGCCAUGUAAAGCAAAGAAAAAAAAAGAAAUCAUAGGGAAGUUCAGCUAGGCAGAACGAAAUGCAGCAAAACGAUUCAGACAGUGUUUCAGGUUUGUGAAGUUGUUUUUUUUCUGUGGGGUUUUUCAAGUGAUCAGAAACCCGUGUAAUGCAAAAGCAUUUGAAUCCUAUACUGUACCUUUCACUUCAAAUUGAAGUAAAAAGAAAAAAAGAAAAGAUGGAGAAACAUUGCUUGGAGUAAGCAGACUUUAUGGGUAAUGCAGUUUGUAUGCAAGACAUCUGCUAAUGAUGGGGGGACAGAGCUCUGUGUUCAAGGGGAAAAAAAUACGGGAUUCCAAACCAAGAAGAUUAACAUGUUUUGUUUCCCACUCAGGGGGAAAUGUUAUUUGUGAGGCCAGAUUCACAUCCUGGCUACAUCAGCGUGAAUCAGGUUCCUGGGUGUCUGACUUACUCCAGUGUGGAUCUGGCCGGGCAUCACCCGGCACUGGGGCGGGCAAGGGGCUGGAGUGGGCAAGAAUCAUUGGGCAGGGGAGGGAAUAGUCUCUGUUUGACUGACAUGAAUAUACAAAACUUGAACUCCUCAGUGCUUGCCUGUUUGUUUCCCAGGCUGAGCAAUUGGCAGGUGAGCACCGAGCUGGGGAGCUGCUAUGCAAAACCUGAGCUCGCCAGAGCAGGGUCUGGGUCUGGUGUGCCACACUGCUCACUACCAAGUCCCCUGGCUCCUGGUGAGCUCAAGAUAUCUUCUACCUGAUUUCUGGGACACAGGGAACAGCUGUAUCCAAGCCCCCUCCCAGGAGCUCAUUAUACUGCUUACCCCUCCACUCUCACCACUGGUCAUUAUUAGCAGCCCAAUAAAAGACAUUUUUAGAUUGUCA